GUGCGAGACCGACGAGUUGUCCUAUUUGGCAGCUGCUGCCUCAGCGACCGACAUCUAAGAAGACUCUUGUCUCCCAAACGAGGCCCCCAUCAUCAUGGCCCACCGCUUCCCAGCCCUCACCCCAGAGCAGAAGAAGGAGCUCUCCGAAAUCGCCCAGCGCAUCGUUGCCAAUGGGAAGGGGAUCCUGGCUGCAGAUGAGUCUGUAGGCACCAUGGGAAACCGCCUGCAGAGGAUCCAGGUGGAGAACACCGAGGAGAACCGCCGGCAGUUCCGAGAAAUGCUCUUCACGGUGGACAAUUCCGUCAACCAGAGCAUCGGCGGCGUGAUCCUUUUCCACGAGACGCUCUACCAGAAGGACAGCCAGGGGAAACUGUUCAAAACUAUCCUCAAGGAAAAGGGGAUCGUCGUGGGAAUCAAGUUAGACCAAGGAGCUGCUCCUCUUGCAGGAACAAACAAGGAAUCCACCAUUCAAGGGCUUGAUGGGCUUUCUGCACGUUGUGCUCAGUAUAAAAAGGAUGGGGCUGACUUUGGGAAGUGGCGUGCUGUGCUGAGGAUCGCUGACCAGUGUCCAUCCAACCUCGCUAUCCAGGAGAACGCCAACGCGCUGGCCCGCUAUGCUAGCAUCUGUCAACAGAAUGGGUUGGUACCCAUUGUGGAACCAGAGGUCAUUCCUGAUGGGGACCAUGACAUGGAACACUGCCAGUAUGUGAGUGAGAAGGUCCUGGCUGCUGUCUACAAGGCUUUGAAUGACCAUCAUGUUUACCUGGAGGGCACUCUUCUUAAGCCAAACAUGGUGACUGCUGGGCAUGCCUGCACCAAGAAGUAUACUCCAGAGCAAGUGGCUAUGGCCACUGUCACAGCGCUCCACCGGACUGUUCCUGCAGCUGUUCCUGGAAUCUGCUUCUUGUCUGGUGGCAUGAGUGAAGAGGAUGCCACUCUCAACCUCAAUGCCAUCAACCUUUGCCCUCUGCCAAAGCCCUGGAAACUAAGUUUCUCUUAUGGGCGGGCCCUGCAGGCCAGUGCACUCAGUGCUUGGAAUGGCAAGGCUGCCAACAAGAAGGCAACCCAGGAAGCCUUUAUGAAGCGGGCCCUGGCUAACAGCCAGGCAGCCAGGGGGCAGUAUGUUCACACAGGCUCCUCGGGUUCUGCUGCCACCCAGUCGCUCUUCACCCCCAGCUACACCUACUAGGACCUCUGGCCGGCCAGCACCGCUCUCUCUUCUACGUGUCUAGGAGGAGCACUGGAAAGGACCCUUUCGACUGACCCUGGGAAGGAGACAAAUUAGUCAUCACUACUGGAAAACCCAGUGCCAUAGUCUUACACGCAAGAUACAUCCAUCAAUCAAUUUAUGGAAACACACAAGCACAAAUAUCAAGGAUAUGACACAAGUUCACACCUCCCCUUCCUUGUAACAUUUCCGACUCCCCGCACCCCAGAGUAUUCAUCUAAAGAAAAUAAAAGGUUUUAAAACAAAAUCAGCUUUCCAUCCAAAUAACCAGCACCAAGCAAAACAUUUCAAAAGCUGAAUGUGGAGAAGUGUGUCUUACUAAAGAGCUUACGUUAAACUGAAGUGUGUCCUUCUACACAGUGGUGUGCGAUAUAGACAGCCGCCAUGGAGGGAGAAACUAUUCUAUAAACCUUGCAUGGGUAUCAGAUUUUACUUUUCUGCUCUGGUUUUGAAAGGGCUUGUUCUAUUUCAUUAUUUUUGGCUGCCCUCGAUGUGACUGGCACGAGUGAUCAGGGUCCUUAAUGUUUACUUCUUUGGAAGCACCUGGCAGCAUUUUAAGAAGUCCAGGGGCUCAGGCUACACCGCAGCUCAAUGAAACCUCUUUGGUGAUUCCAAUUUUCAGCUAAAUUUGAGAACUGUCAUCUUAUGCUUCAAGUUUGGGAAUGUUUAAAAAUUAAAGCCAUGCAUAAUAUGAAAUCACCUAAAAUGUAGCAUGAUUUGGGGCAACAUACGGAGUGUAAUAAAACAGAAUCAAUGUG